GUCCCACAUGCACGUGGCCGUGACGUUCACAUUCGCAGGCCUAUCGCAAGGUUUCAGGCCACGGGGAUAGGUGGGUUGACAAGGCAAGACGAUUUUCUGCAUCCCUUCCAGGAGUGCCCUGGAGAUGUCACGGCUUGACGCUAAGGACGCUGGUUCUCCUGGUUCCGUCAACUGGCUCCUUAUUGUUCUAUGCGUUGUCAUCGUUAUCGUCACUUCAUUCUUCCUCUUUUUUUGGAACCGUUUGUUUGGAUGGUUCGUCGGAUUCGUGCUCCGUACCUUGUACUGGAAAUCCAAUAAUGUCUGGUUAGAGUUCGAUGCUAUCCAAAUAUCACUGCUGUCCGGGCGACUGUUCAUCAAAGAGUUGAGGUACCAUUCAACAAAUCAAUCCGUCAGAAUUGUAAAAUUCCACAUUACCUGCCGGUAUUGGUUUUGGAGAACCCGAGAACUCAGCGAUGACACUAAGGUAGUUGGAGAGAACGUCCAUUCUCCAAAGCGGGCGCCUUGCCUAAUUAAAUGCGUCGCGGAGGGGUUGGAAUGGUUCAUAUAUAACCGAACCCCUAUGUACGACGACAUUCUGAAUUGUAUGAUGUCGGAAAGCCAAGAGCAAAAUCGCUUCCCCCUGAAAGGGACGGCAACCAAUGCUUCGCGGGUGACGAGGAGUGAUUACCCCCAAGCUGAAGCUGUAGAUGCCCGAACAGAUGCAGCUCAGCGUCGCAGAUACAGUGCCCUAUUGCGACUUCUUAUCGCUCCUGUCGUAUAUGUGAAAAGUUUCAUCAUCUCUCUACUCCCGAAGUUCGAGUUCGGCGAUUUCUUACCAAUCUCAUUUGAUUUGGUUCGAGGGGCUAUAAUGGUUGGGAACAGGUCAACUCCAAUUUUGCUGGUUGGAGCAUUCAAUAGAGCCGAGGGUACAUUUCAGAUUGUUCCGUCUCGAUCUCAGUUGGAUUUGUACAAACAAAUAUAUGCCUUCAAGUUCAAGGACGUGAAGAUAUACACUCGUGUAAACAAAGAUUACUAUCAGCCUAUGGUUGGGCAUGGUACCGCAGUUCUCAAUGACAUAAAAGGGGCUACGGGGACUUCCCCUACUGUGCCCCUCUCGUUGAGCAAUUUUAUAUCUCGAAAGUUUCGCAGCAUUGCCCUUGGUUUCUGGCGGCCAUCUCUCAUUCAUGAAUCUAUCGAGAUGAACCGUUGGCAAGGUCUGUCCCGGUACCACACCCAGCUAGACACAAUCGAUCGAGAUCGGUCUGAUGAGUAUGCCCGUUGGUCCACCUUAUUGGAGACAUCGAUGUUUGAGAUGCGCUAUUAUUCGGAUGUUGCAGGGUCUGUCCCCGCGAAUGCACGUCCGACGGGAACCGAAGGCCUUGAAACCGUGGACGUUGGUAAUGGCGAUCUGGCUCCGCAGUGGGGUAUUGACUUCGUAAUUUAUGGUGGGCAGUUGCAUUAUGGGCCAUGGGCGGAUCGGCAUCGACGAAUCCUGCAAGAUAUAUUUGCACUGAAUACUUAUCGAACAAGGGGUCCUACUCCCAAACUGCAGCAAGGCCAAUCCCGGUUGCAUUCAGCACUCAAAAUUUUUAUAGAGCUAAAAGAGGAAGUGACGCUGAGGGUUCCUAUCAGGGAGGUUUCCAAGAAUUGGCGUUAUGACGUCCUUGGUGAUUUGGGGCCCUCUAAACGCAGCAGUCGUCCAUUCGGAUGGCUGGAUGUUAAGAUUGGAGCUGAUUCCACUGUGAAUUAUGUGAUGUCUAUGGUUGCAAGCGAAAGCGGCUAUGACAACUUCCUACAAAUACAUGCGGACAAGCUAACCGUCAUCUCAAGCGUCAAUCAGUCUCGAUUCUUAUUUGCGGAGUCAUGCCGAAUAUUGUGUGAGAUGCCCGCCCCUUUACAAUGGGAUGGACGAAGGGAAUGGGUGUUUGAUGUAUCGUUGUCGAAGUCCACAAUCUACCUUCUUCGAGACCACAUCACCCUUCUGACCGAUAUGGCGAAGGAUUGGUCUAUGGGUCCUCCUGCAGAACACGCCAAGUUUGUUCCGAUGAUAUACAUUUUGAAGCUUGCACUACAUGACUUCCAAUUACGUCUUAAUGUCAAUGACUACAAUGUGAUUGAUUUCCCACUUGUAGAUCGUCAAAAUGCGCUUGUCAACAUUGCUGGUCCAUCGCUAAACACACAUGUCUCACUCCCUUUUCUGAAAUACCGUCCAUUAUCGAGCACUGUGACGUUUUCCAUUAACACCUUACCUCUGGAUGUUUCGUUUAGCCUCCCUAGUUGGAAUACUCACGUUGUUCUUGGAAAGUCCCACACCAUCAACAUUGGAAGCAUAGGCUCCCUUUCUCUCAAGUCCUCUUACCUCUAUCACGCCGACGUCCGGCCUGAUAACGUGGAUACUCUGAGGCUUGAUAUGAAGGCAACCCUCUUGUUAUUCAAGGCGUAUGGAUGGGCUAUCAGACAGCUGAUGAUUGUUCGGGACAAUUAUUUCGGAAAUUUCACCAACUUCACGACUCGCGCUGAAUACCUUGACAAAAAAUCUUUGAAUCAGGUGGGAGACCCUAUGAAACAGAAGUAUCGGCCAGGGCAGUCCAACAUGUUCCAUGUUACCCUGAAUUUGGACGUUCACGAUUCGGCGAUUCUACUUCCGCACGAGCUUCACAACUGCCGCUCAGCGAUUUGCGUCAAAGUCCCUAAACUCCAACUCAUCCUUAACACUCACGAUUAUUUUAUGGAAAUGACCCUCAAUACCUUCCCUCUCUCCAUCAGCUUUAUAGACGAUUGCUCUCACAUGGGUGCCUCUGAUUGUAUGAGGAUCAAGGGGAAAUCUAUAAGCGUUGCUGGCGUCGAUAUUAAUGCGCAUCGCCUUUUUGGACCUCCUCCUCUGGCAUCCACAUACGUCUGCAUUUGGGAAUUCUGCUUGGGGUCUGUUCAUGGCUCCCCCUCGCUGCAAUUUUUGACCGUUUUACGAGACUGUGUCACCGUCUUCAUCACGAAUAUGAAAGAUACUUUGAACGCUCCAGCUGCCGAGUUCCGUCUGGAUUACGAUCCAGACGUAACAUUCCUCGCUAUGCAGUUGCAUGACGUAGAUUUGGCUAUCAUGUCAGAAGCGGCUGCGAUUCGUCUUUUCUUGUCCGAUGGCCUUCGCUUUGCUUCCAAUGAUCUUGCGGGCCAUUCCUAUCGAAAGGUCAAGAGUGUGGACAUCCCUAUAUCAAAGGUGCAGUUUCUUUUGGAAGACCAGGUGGAGAGAGGAAUUGCUGGCUCCAGACUUUGGCUUGAAGUAGGAUCAGCAGAGUUCGAUCUGCACAUGGACGUAUAUCACUCACCCCCGAAUUGGCAAAAGGAUGCAGAGCGCCAAAUUCUUUUUGUUCAGAAUCAGGAUUCAUUGACUCGGCGCGUACCCUUCCUCUACGAGCAAUCUCACGAAUCGCACGAUCGAGUUUACCAGCACUUGAACACAUUUUUGCUGCCCUUCGUAAACACACCCGAGCUCGCGAAGAGCCCUGAUGCGAGUCCAGGGCACGACAGCAUUUCCACAGGGGAAAUAUCCGAUGCGUUCAUGUCGUCAGACUCUGGGCCAGAUUCAGAGAUAUCGAAACCAGCAUUGUACAAGCCUGGCUCUAGGCACAAGGGAGUUCGGAAUCCAUUUACGGAUGAAGACAUAUCCAGUGGUGAUGAAUCCGACAGUGGUGAUGAUACAAGUUUUGUGUCGAAUACGGAGUUCGAAGACGACGACAAAUUUUACAGGAGUAUAGAAGAAGAUGAUUCAACCGAUACACCACACUCGUCGUCAUUCUCACACGCCGUCACCCCAGCGAUGGCCAUUUAUCGUUGCAUACUUUGCAAGCUUGAACUUGCGAAGGACCUCGGAGGAAUGCGCUUCAUACCCAAGGCUCCUGGUGUAACUCCGCAGAGCCACGCUCCUUCUGACCCAACGGACCCUCUGGUGCUUUCGCCUGUUCAACCGGAACAGUUGCCUGCCCAACAUAAUUCUACGUUGCAUCACGCGUACAUCAGACUUGAAUCAAGGCAUCGUAAUGAGUUUAUGCUCACCCCACUGGUGAGCGACGUCGUCUGUAGCAUUCUACAGAGUCAGCAGCCGAAAAAUCAUUAUGACUCCCUGGAACAGCUUCUGGAUAGGAUAUUCAUUGAUUUUAUGGAUUCCCAUCCUGCGAAUGCGAAACCUCGGGACAAAACUUUUCAAUUUGACGCCCGAUCAGUUUCGUGGCGCAUCCGCUUCUGGCAAGUCAUUCAGGCACCACCUGUCACAGAACUGGGUCGAACACCUGAGCAGCCUACAGCUGUGUCGCUCGCAGAACUUGUGAUGAGUUUCGGCUCCGUCCAGGGGUCGCUCGGACCGUCCAUGAUUACUGCGGUCAAUGCGUGCCUCGGGGGUUUGUAUGUUAAUGUUCGUAGCGGCAGCAUCUCAGCACUUGGAUACUCCAAACCAAGUGGUAUUGCGAUGGGGCCCAGCUCCAUCGACAUCCAAAAGGACCAGCAGGGGGUGACAAUUUCUGCAAUUCUGGGUAAUGUUCGGAUUCAAUUGGAUGAUACCUCUCCUGGUGUCACCUAUGGGACAGCUAUGGCAUAUGCGUACCCUUUCGUGCGCAUAAUUAGGCUAGUAACUUCUCAGGGCAAGAGCUCGCGUGCUGCUCAGCAGAGUCUAGUCAGCACUCUCCUGUCCCUUUCAUCCACCGCACAUGGUGGCGCACAUCCACUCUCCUUGAUUCAGGUCUCUUUCAUGGUGACAUCUGGGACACCCCAAGCCAUUCGGUCAGAUCCCUUCCUGUCGAUUUUUACCCUGCUUCUGCAGAGCAUACGCAGUUUGACUCCAGCCGAAAAAGCAGAAAUAAUGGAUAUGCCCUCCACUAGAUCCAGGGAUCUUCUUGACGUGAACGAACUUCGAUCUGAAUUCGUCUCUCUUCUCAAAGAGAAAUCCUCCCUCGGGAUGCUUGAUUUGGAUGACGAACAGAUUUCUUCACUGCAUAUUCUUGACUUGCUAUUUCCCACCCAGCAUGAGGAUACCCAGGUUCCGACUCUGGUCGGAGUCACGCUGUUGAUACGUCAUUGGAAUGUAUCGCUGAGGGACGCUGUACCUAACACCGAAAUCUCUAUAGAUGCAGUGGACCUACAGGUUCGGUCGGGCAUUCGAGAUCUCGGAACAUUGGUGACGAAGGCUACAGGGCAAUCAGCGCGAGACAUUGUUGUUCAGCACAUCGUUCUACAUCUUGGAGUGUCAGGAGUGAAAUUUAACGUCCUACCCACGGCAUUGUCAUUCGUUAGAUCAUUGCUUCGCCUGCAGCGAUUCCGUACAAUCAGCUUGCCGAAUGCCAAUGCCCCAUCACCCCAACCCUCAGAUCGGGGUUCCAACAGCAAGAUCCCCAUAUUUUUGGAAGCAUUCCUUGACAUCAGUAGACUGGAUGUUCGUACUUCGGCCCAAUUAUUGGACGUGAAUCUCAAGCUGGUCGGGGCUCAGGCUGGUACAAGCCUAAUCAUGCGGAGGAAUGCUGCCCCCAUCCAAGAUUUUUCCUCAUCCAUUCACGGUUCUUUGAAUGAAUUCCAGAUUCAGGCGCGAUCUGCCGAAGACUCGCAAACUCAGACCAGCGAUAGGGCUAUUUUGGCCGAGCUGAAGCUCCUGGGCGCGGCGUUUUAUGCAGGGAGAAGCAGCAACAAAUUGCGAAUGACCGCAGGAGUUCAGCAUGCAGGUGCUAGGGUGCCGCGCAGCGCCAUCAAGUUGUAUCAUUUUAUCAAAGAAUGGGAAUCAGAAUACCUACCAGCAUACAAUGCGAUGUUCAAGGGACUUCUCUCUGAAAUCGAGGAGCCCGCGCAAUCGUCGAGCACCCCAAAAGUAGACUCAUCGUAUCUCAAACAAGAUUUAGACGUCCAAGCUACACUAGGAACGUUUUCUGUGUCUCUUCAUGUCAUGCAUGGAGCUUGGUUUGCAUGGUCGAUUCACGACUCUCUAGCAUUCGGGCGUCGUUUGAACACUCAAAUCCUUUCUUAUGGAGUCCACGUCGCAUCGCAGACCAUCAGCAUUUCCUCGACCGACAUGAUAGGGUCCCAUGGUUCAGAUGGGGCGCCGGCCGUAAAGCUGGGAUUACCGUCUUGCCGACUGACAGGCGUACUUGAAGGGACCCGGGUCCACGCAACCCUUCUCAUUGAUCGGUUUAAACUAAUGCUCAAGCCCAAAUACGUGGACGAUAUUCUAACAGUGCAGCAAAAGUUCGGGAAUGACUUUAAUGACCUCUUGGACCUCGUUACUGGUCCACACACAAACCUUGUGAAAAGGCCUGCACCUUUACGGAAAAAGCUAACAUUCCACUUAAACAUCCAAUCGAAGGGAUUCGCAAUUGGUCUUCGUGGACCGACUUCCGUCCAAUCCCUCGAGGCACCUUUAGCCCGGGCCACUGUCAGAUCUGCUAGCCGCCGUGGACUGCAAUGGCUUGCGGAAGCCAAGGGGUUGAACUUGUCACUCGAGCACGACACCUCCCUGCCAUUUUCAUCAAGUAAAUACGUCGAGCCUUAUACUUCGGCCUUCAUGACCCUUGAUUGUUCCGUUCACAAUGAGGUAUACCCAACGGGUAGUGAUGCGGCCGAUACUCAACAUCUAUCGAUCUCGGUCGACAAAGUGCACGCCCUAAUGGUGCCCGCCGCGAUCAGUGAACUUGGGAAUUUAGUUGAUCAUGUACAGGCUGAGAUGCUGCUGCGCAAAGAGCAGCGCGCGCUUGAGUUGGAGGAAAUGAAAAAGAAAACGCAACGAGUCCUUCAAUCUUUUGAGUCUCAAACCCAAACUCAACAUCGCACCUCGCCGCUCCUCAACCGAACUAUGUCGUUCUCUGUCCGUAGCAUUGGCAUCGUGUUUCCUCUAACUCUUGGGAGCGAAGGAGAAUCAAUGUCCCCUAGCUCCCCUCUUAAUACCUUGACGGAGAGAUCACCUGCAUUUCUGUUCUCCGUAGCAGCGAUGGACUUCGUGACAAGGCGCGAGGAGACUGGAAGUGUUAGGAUGCAACGUUGCGCGUUUCAGUUCAUUUCAUCGUUCGAUCGCAACAAUCCAAAGCAUUUUGAAAGUGCAAGCCACGGCACCUUAGACUGCAUGUUGUGUCCUGAAAUGACGGUCGAAGUGGUUUCCCGUGUUUCUGCUUCAUCGCGCAUGGUCCUAGCGCGAGCGGCAGUUAGUGGAUUCGAAUUAGACGUCUCACCCGCCCUACCCGGAUAUAUAUUUUCCAUGAUUGAUGUGUACCGAGAAGGCAAGGAGCAUUUCAGCCGAUUCGUCCCUCAGUUACGGGACGAAACACCAUCUGCAACCUUCGGGAGUUUCCCGGGCUCCUCCGUAGAUUCCAAGUAUUUGACAUUGCCCACAUCCAACGUAAGGGUGGGGUUCGAGUUCCAGAGUGGACGCAUUCGAUUUCACGCGCCGGCGAGCCGGGGUGCGCAUAGGCGGUCAUCAACGCUUCCACAUUGGGGCGAAGAAUCUGUAUUCCAAGAUUUCACCCGGGCGUUGCCUUCAGAGUCUGAUGUUUUCGACCUUCCGAACCUCUCUGUAUGGGUCGAAUAUCGUGCACUCCCCGCAGCGAGAAGAGCCUCUGCGCCUGGUCACGUCCCUAAUGGGACUCAGUCGCGCCUUUCUUUCAAUGCUCGCCUCCAUUCUAGCAGGAAUACCAUCCAGCCAACUGUUCUGCCGUUUCUUACGGAAGUGACCCGACAGAUUGAGGAGCGUCUCGCCGACCAACUUACUGAGAGAACGACGGCUCCUACUCGUGUUCUUCCCACGACGCCGAAUGAGGAAUCAACCCAACCCAAUAUCAUCCAAGCCACGGAGCUAACUUUCAGUUUAUGCAUUGAUGAAUCUCAAUUCGAACUCACUUGCCUACCAGAUGUCAAUGUCUUGGCAGGUGUUCAUUGGAAGAGCGGCGGUUUCUUACUCCGUAUUUCGCCUGGAGCGCGCGAGUUCGGGCUUAUGGGCUCAGUGGAAGAUAUUACGAUAAGACUUCGACACGGGUAUCUCGUGGAAGACUGUCUCAAUGCGAGUGCUCGGAACCUGACAUUCUCCGUGGAAUUGAGAGGGACAGGAGGGAACCAGGGUAGCCUAGCCAAUUGCUUAUCGAUCGUCGCCAAUUCUGAGAUAGAUGGCUCUGUUCGCUUCGGGCGAUUGCAAGACGUGCUCUGUUUCAAAGCAGUAUGGUUAGAUCGCAUACCUAUUCUGGAUGCUCUUGCGAAGUCAUCUCCCGCAAUUUCGGCUGGGCCAUUACCAGCAGACAGUGCGUCCCUACAAAAGAUUCCACUGGUGACCAGCAUUCUUGUACAAUUGGAAGCCGUUCAGCUCGAGGUUGACUUGGGUCACGCUAUCACUAAGCUUACGCUAGAAAUAAGACCAGUAGUUCUCCGAACUAAACUUACUGAUGACUUCUCGGAGAUAUCGCUUACACUGGAGGAAGUAAAGCUGGACGCCAUCCGAAGAAUCUCAGGUCGAAUUUCUUUUCCUUCCGUUUCAUUCGAGACCGUAAGACGACGGCACACGUCCCCUGAUUCCCACGAAUCAACUCUUCUAGAGCUUUUUAUUCAUGUGAGAGGUAUCCAUGCUUCUCUUAACUACGACAGGAAGAAAGUACUUCUACUGCGCUGCGAUCCGAUCGAAGCCAAAGUAUUUGACGAGUGGCCAAGAGACACAAGCGUUGGCGAUCUGGCUGAACCGCACGUCCGCCUCAAUUUUGCUGUGGUUGGGGGUGACAUUGGAGCUGCGGCAAGAAUCAUGUUAGUUUCGGAGCUCAUUCUCGUUGGUGGCAAAGUCUCUUCGUUACUUCAGUCCCAAAAAGAGGGAGCUGCCAGAGAGUCGAAAGCUUUUCGAGCAACCCGUGUUCCUGAACCUCAAAACCCCCUCUCACGAGUUGCUGGCGCGAUGAUCAAAUCCGCCAGGUCCAAAUUCAAGGAGGCGGGGAGGACGAAGCUGAUGAUAGUCCAGGAAAUGCAUCUUCAUCUGGCUCGCCUUCGAGUGGCAAUCUUCAAUCAGUCAGACACGAAGAUGACCCAGUUCGAAGCCGUUGAAAUUCAAGGAGAUCUUCUUCGAAAUGUUCAAUCUCUGGAUCAGCCGCCUUUUCGGGACCUGAAUUUAGCCUUGCACUCGUUUGAGGUUCGCGGCGGUGAUAUGCCAGCUACCGAGAAAUGGCUGGACUUCUAUGCAGGCGCGAAGGUUUUUACUAUGCCUGAGAUGAACAUAUCCAUGCAGAGCACGGAGUUCGAGGCUGACAAGCGGUUGGAUUACGAGUUUCGAAGCACGUUCCCUCAAAUACGAGCAGCUUAUGGCAAUGCAGUCCGCUCUUCGACAGGAGAUCGAGAAAGCUCUGGCGGAAAUUGGGAGAGCCGACAAGACGCCAAAUAUGACCCAUCCAGAUUGGCUGAGCUGCCAAAUGCCACGGAGCCACACAUGCCUAUGGGCGCGUUAUCGAGCGAGAAUCCAAAUCCCUCGGAUUCUUUACCGAAGGAAGAUGGCACCACUUUGCCUCCUAUUCGAACCACGUCUUCCGCAGUGCCCGACGCGUCCAAAGUUGGUAUAGGAGGGUUGAGAUACCAUUGCAUUUCGCGGAUCAUCGAGACACCAAAACUCCAUCAGCUCGGAGCUGCGUCGCCAGAUCUGGAGACGUUCAAGCAAUGGACGAAUAUCAGUAUUCGAGAUUCACUCCCAGUUUGGGUCCAUGAGUAUGCGACAGUUCCCAUCGAACAACUGAUGAAGGCAUUGCUGGAAUUGUAUCUGAAUCAGCUGAAGAAACAGUACACCCCAGAGUCUUUGGAGAACUGAAGGAAGUUGGAUCAGUUUUGUUAUAUCAUUAUCUGGAUUUCUUGUUGGAAUUAAUUGUCGGCCUCAUUCAAGACUGAUUGUCCGUGAUAAUGCAUUAUAGUUCAUAGCGGUGUGAGUAGUGUGGAAUAUGUACAAAUGAGCGGGAGAGACAACAUUAAACCACUGGAAAAUAUGUGCUUAGUGUAUUUAGGCUACAUUGAG